UUUGUUCUAUGGGGCUAUACGUUCUAUCGAUAGAAAAAAAAUCGAAUAUUUCUGAUCAUCUAAUAUGUGCAGUAUAGUAAAUAGAAGUUUUGUGUAAAUAUAAGUUAAGAAAUGAAAUGAUUAUAGUUGUUUAGUUUUAGAUGUCAGUAUUAUAAUUAAUCGUUAUUUAUUAUACUUUUCCGGGACAUAAUUGUUUUUAUGUUACUUUUUAAGUUCUAAGAAUACUUUAUAUACUUUUGAGCGUGUAUGAGUUAUGAGAUGGGCGAAGAAUUGCUCGUGCCGGAUUGUGUGGGCGAUGGGACUCACAUCGUAAUUCAUCAAGUGCCUAAAUGGCAGCUGUCGGACGAGUCCUCCAACGCCCCUGCAGUGGUUGCUCCACACUUGAUUCAGUCUGGCGAUGUUGGUGAAAGUGGUGACAGAAGCUCUCAGUUGAACCUGUCACAACAAAAACAGCAAGAAGAAGAACUGCAGCAGUAUUGGUUAGAUGUCCUGAAUGAAUCACUCAAGAUGGAUCUUUUGUUUGUGAACAAAGAUGAUCCGCUGCAGCCGCAGCAGAGUGUUGCGGUGGUCGACGACAUGCCGCUGGGCCAGCUGGUGGACGCGGUGGUGACGUACUCCUGUCGCCUGUGCGUGUUCGUGGCCUCGGACGUGCCUCAGCUGUUGCAGCACUUCUCGACCACCCACUGCCUCGCCCUGCCACAGGUCGUGCAAGAUGCUGCUCCCAUUCCUCAGACGGAGAUUGCAACAGACCGCGAUCAGGGAGAUGAUGAACUGGAUAAUCUGGUGUUCAUCUGCGGCUUCUGCAAUUCCAACUUUACUUCGUUGGAUGACUGCAAACAACAUAUGUCUCAGGUGCACAAGGCAUUCUCGCCUCCCAGCGAGGGAGACGCGACCGGUGCGGAGCCCGCAGAGAGUUCUUGGCCUGCGGAAAAGCUCCUAAAAAUAGGAGGAAAAAAGAAGAAGCCUGCCACACCUGUCAAAGAAAAGAAGCUGAGGUGUAACGUGCCAAGCUGCUUUCGCAAGUUCACCACUGAAGAUAGACUCAGACUUCAUACCUCGUGUCAUGUGUCUCUGGACGGCAAAAGUCGAGAGUUUCAAUGCAGCAAGUGUGAUUUACGGCUGGAGCGCUGGAACCAGUGUGCCCUCCACCUGUGGCACGCCCACCAGCAGGACGUGGACCUGCUGAGCUGCCCCACCUGCGGCCAGUACAAGACUGCCACCCAGGUCAAGCUCACCCUCCACAUGAAAGUGCACAGUGACCUGAAGCCGUACGUGUGCCGCGUGUGCAACAAGGGCUUCAAGCAGUCCUCCCAGCUGCGCAACCACCACGUCACACAUGUCGACAAGAAGCUGCUCGACGCUGACAUGCCCAGAUGGUACACAUCACAACGUUGCCAGAUAUGCCAUAAAACUUACUCAGAUUCAAAAUGCUUGAAAAAACACAUGAAGUCAGUUCACAGUAAGCUGAGGCCAUAUGUGUGCCAGGUGUGCGGCCACGCAUCGGCGGGCAAGUCCAUGCUGCGCAUGCACAUGCGGCAGCACACGGGCGACAAGCCCUUCAAGUGCACGGAGGGGGGCUGCGACUUCCGCACCGGGGACCACAACUCGCUGCGGCGCCACGUGAUGCGCCACACGGGCGAGCGGCAGUACGCCUGCCCCCACUGCUCCUACUCGGCCAUCCAGGCCAGCGCCUACAAGUACCACCUGCGGACCCGCCACCCGGAGGCCUCCGAGCUGCACGCCUGCUCGCUGUGCCCGUACCGCAGCGUCAACGCAGAGAGCCUGGCCCACCACGAGGCCGACCACAAGCACGGGCUCGUGGCGUCCCGGCCGGCCAGGUCCUCGGAGGACGAAGGGGACUGUGAGGUGUUCCCGGGAAACGUGGCGGCGGCGCACCUCAUCUACCGCUGCUUCAACCCCGACUCGUCAGCUCGAGGGGCCACCAUGCGGGCGAGCCUCACGGGCAGCCAGACGUCGCCCGACGGCUCCACGCAGACCAUCACGGUGCGAAUCCCGGCGCCGGGCACCGACGACGACGACAGCAGCCGCUGCUUCCUGGAGGAGGAGGAGGGCCCGGUGGUGGUUGACACGGGUGGCAUCACGAUCCCAGCUGACCCCGCGGAAUCCACCUUCGUCUCCCCAGUUGCGGCUGUCUAGUCUUUCCCAGAAACAAUGCUCUGAUAACAGUAAUGAUGGACAGGAGUGCUAAAUUAAAUGUUAUAAAAUUAUUCUUACUUACUAAAUAGUGAUGAAAUGAACUGCAGUUUGCUCUAAGCACAUUCACGAUUUAUCUCUUCUAAUGCCACUUGAAUAAUAUGAAUGUCAAACAUAAUUUUUUCUUGUGGUGUUACCAAUACAUCAGUGGGUGUUCUGUCAUAUAUGGAAAUUUUUAUUUUAUUAGUUUUGUUUUCACGUCUCAAUGUCUGUAUCAUCGUAGAUUAAUAUAACAACAUUCAGCUGCUAUCUGUAACAUGUAUCACUAGAAACUAUAAAUAAAAUUGACCAAAAGCAGUGCAAAAAGUCUAUACUAAAACAUAACAGCUUUGAAAAAUUUUGGGGAAAAAAUUUAUAUUAGUUCUAAAAUUUGGUACCAAAUGUUCAUUUUUGCUUUUCAUUCCUUUAAAAUUUGUGUUCUCUAUCCUAUUGGUAAUUCUGAAGGGAAGUAUUGUUCAGAAAACAAUUCUAAAAUGCCCCCCCCUCCCUUGGCAUAUUUUCCAAUCAUUCUCUAAGAGGGUAUUUUUAUACUUCAAUGGUUUACAGUUAUAACGAAUGGUUGUGUACAUUUAAAAUACUGUGAAAUUAUUUGAACGUUUGUUUAGGUUAUGUUAGUGCGUUAAAAAUACUAUGGAAUAGCUAGGAUUGGGGAUGGGUCAAUCCCACAUUUCUUUGAUUCUGAUUCCACAAUUUCACGUUUGAUUCCGAUUCUAAUCCAAAUUUUACUUGCUGAAUGAAACUCUGGAAAUUCAAGCACAAGGUUAACCUAAAGAAUAACAGUUAUGAAGUCUUUAUGUACAUCAUUUUCUGAAAAUAUAAAUUUGAAAAGCC